GAAUGAUUACCUCAGAUUAAAUUGGAGGAAUCGAAAGUCAGGGCCCAAACACAGCAGACUGGUGUGUGAGUUUGUCAGUUGGUCAGUUAUGGCAUGAGCCUUAGAACUCUUGACAUCACAGUGGUGGGCUGGCCUGGCUACUGCAGAACCCUCACUCGUCCUAGUGGUGUGGCCAGCGUCUGCGUGCUAGUCUAGCCACGUCUCUCCCUACGGCCAGCGUAGGGAACGGGAAUGUUUCUAGGAGCCAAAAAGGACUCCACUCCUGGAAUUCGUCCACAGGCCCGCGGUUCUAGGCCCAACCGUGGUUGUAAAACUGAUGGCCCAGCAGCCAUGACUUCACCGGAGCCCCCCCAACGCCGCCUCCUGCUGCAUGGACCCGUGAAGCUGACCAGUAAUAACCAGGUCAAGAAGCGUCAUGCCUUUCUGUACAGUGAUGUGCUGCUCAUUUCAAACAACAAGUACAAAAAGCAGUUCAAAAUCAAACUCCGGGUUCCAAUAAACAACAUAUGGCUUGCUAAAAAUACUGUGGAGCAUGGUGACAGUCCUGAAUUAAAAUCACUGAAGUUGGGAUGGCCUUUGCAAAAUUUUACGGCUAAGUUCUCGUCUGUGGAAUUGAAGGAUAAAUGGCAUUGCUUUCUGGAAAGAUCAAUCACCCAAAGCCAGAAGAUGGAUGGAUUGCAGAAUACUCUGGUUAAAAUCACUACCCGUAAUAUUAAUAAUUCUUCCAGUUCUGCCAUUUUAGCAGCUCACAAUUUAGACACCAUCAGGGAUGUUAUCAACAUGGCAUUGCCAGGGCUAGGAUUAACUGGCUCAGAAAGAGAUUACCAGCUGUGGGUCCAUUAUGGCAAGACCGAGGCCCCAUUCCCACUCAUGGGCCAUGAAAAUCCAUACACAAUUCAGGAGCACUAUUAUCGGACUUCCAUCCGUCAGUCCGCACCGGGGAAGCCCACCUCUCCCCAUAUCCUUCUGGAGUCCAUCCCAGAGAUCUUAGCUGAUGGAAGACUGCAGUUUAUCCUGACAUGCCGGGGCAAGCCAAGACCCCAGCGUAGAGGUGCAUUUUUCAGAAAUUAUUUGUCUUGCCUGGGCGCUGCAGCAAGCCAGGACGGCCUGUCUCCGGACACUGAUGCUACUGCACAGCCGGUUAGGCUUCAAAUGAAUGAUCUCACAGCAGUCAUUUUGGAGAUGCUUCACUUUUUAAGGCAAAAUGGGCCAUCGACAAAGGGCAUUUUUCAAAACAUUGACAACAUAAAAUCAUUUCUGUGUCUCAAGGAAAGAAUUAUGUUUGGACAUACAUUAAAUUGGGAGAAUGAGUCUCCACUUGUCGUGGCAGCCGCAUUAAAGGAUUGUCUUCGGAUCAUACCUGGAACUCUUUUUACAAUGGAACUCUACGAUAGUUGGCUUGGUCUCCUUGAUGAGGGUGAAGUGGAAAUCGCAGAAAUCAGAAGGCUCUUAGAACACCUGCCCGCAUGCAAUGUGGAUAUCCUGAGGCAGUUAUGUCUGUGCUUGCAUGAGAUAUCCAACAAUGCCUCCUUCAACCUGAUGAGCGCAUCCAAGCUAGCUUUUUACAUCACAACAAGUGUGUUUUCACUGUGGAAAUGUACAUCGCAGAUCGCUUCAUUGGAAAAUGAAAUAGUUAAACAGAUGUCUAUCGUAGAGAUUUUUAUUGAAAACUACCCACAGAUCUUUGAACACCACAGUGAGUCUUUACUUAGUAAGAGCUGCGGAGAUUCCAGCACCAGCAGUGGAAACAGCACUGAACAUGAAAUCAUCAUGUGGAAUCCAGAAAAUGGUACAGUUAUGGAGCCAGAUUUUCUGAACUGGGAACCACUGAGAGCAUCGACACCUAAGUAUUAUCUGGAUUCAGCACAGGAUUCAGGUAUGGAAAAAGAGUUCGGGCUGCCGGAGAAACAUGAGGAGAAACCCAAGCUUGUUGGGGGCACUUACAUCGUCUGCCCCCUGCCCAACAUCGAGCCUGAUUCUCUCGAGGUUGAACCACCGAAAGGUAUGGAAAAAGAGCUCAAAGAGGAGCUCAUUACCAGCCAUAAGGCCUCUGCACCCUGUGCUCCUGAGUUGGAGCAGGAUGCCCAGGGCAUGAAUCAUGCCCCGAUGGAUUUUCCCCGUAAUGUCACCACCGUUCAGGAAGCGGUACCGUUCAACCCGUCUAAAAUAACCGAUUUGCCUAUUUGUGCCGAUUCAGACCCGUCCAAAGUGACCGAUUUGCCUAUUUGUGCCAAUUCAGAUCCGACCAAUGCAACCGAUUUGCCUAUUUGUGCCGAUUCAGACCUGUCCAAUGCAACUGAUUUGCCUAUUUGUGCCGAUUCAGACCCGACCAGUGAAACCGAUUUGCCUAUUUGUGCCGAUUCAGACCCGACCAAUGAAACCGAUUUGCCUAUUUGUGCCAAUUCAGACCCGUCUAAAAUAACCGAUUUGACUGUUUGUGCCGAUUCAGAUCCGACCAAUGCGACCGAUUUGCCUAUUUGUGCCGAUUCAGAUCCGACCAAUGCGACCGAUUUGCCUAUUUGUGCCGAUUCAGACCCGACCAGUGAAACCGAUUUGCCUAUUUGUGCCGAUUCAGACCCGACCAAUGAAACCGAUUUGCCUAUUUGUGCCAAUUCAGACCCGUCUAAAAUAACCGAUUUGACUGUUUGUGCCGAUUCAGAUCCGACCAAUGCGACCGAUUUGCCUAUUUGUGCCGAUUCAGAUCCGACCAAUGCGACCGAUUUGCCUAUUUGUGCCGAUUCAGAGAUAUUCAAUUUCACAAUGGGUUCGACAUCAGACUCAGGUAUGGAAAAGAGUUUGAUUUCCCGAUAA